AUGUUUGCCCUGUCUUACCCCAAAAAUGCCGUCAGGCUCGGCUCCAGAGAAGGGGCGGCUGGGAAACCAGCAUCUGUGAAACCCCUCCACCUUGGUGAGGGGAAACAAUGUGGCCACCGGGAGCCUUCAGGGUCCUCGGUUCGCCGCCGCCCCCUCCUGGGGAACGGGGAGAUCUCUGCAGGCGGCCGCCUUGCGUAUGAUCUGCCACCUAUCGCCGGUAGCGCUGUGGUGACGGAGAAGGGACCGCGUGUUCGGCCGCCAAGCUUGCAACCCUGCUCCGACUCUGUCAUCCCCGUCCGGGGGAGAAGAGGAGGGGAGAGAACCAACGGUGAACCAGGAGGGAGGCGGGGCAGGAGUUGUCGGACUUCUGCCCGGCACUCGGCCCCCGUCCGCGGGCUCGUAAGCCUGGACGGGCCAAUCGUCCUCCUCGGCCGCAGCAGCAAGAGCGUCCGCUCUCCGCUUCCUGUCGCCCGAGGGGAGACGGGCGACAUUGGGCAAGAAGAUGUCCCCCCCUCUGCGGUCACCAGGCCUAUAUGCGGCAUCAUGGGAACCAUCCGUCUGGUAGCAGGGAUGUACCUGAUCGUCAUCACCAGGAAGAGGAAUGUGGGCAGCCUGCUGGGCCACUCUGUGUGGAAGGCUGUGGUUGACGUGAUCUCCUACAAGAAGACAGUGCUGCAUCUCUCAGAGAUCCAGUCUCAGGAGAACAAGACCUUCCUGUCCAUGAUUAAUAAUGUGCUGACUACAGACGGCUUCUACUUCUGCACCGACUACGACCUGACACACACACUGCAGAGGCUCUCCAACACCAGCCCCGACUUCCAGGAGAUGAGUCUGCUGGAGAGGGCAGAUCAGAGGUUUGUGUGGAACGGGAACCUCCUGAGAGAACUGGCUGCGCAGCCUGAGCUUCACAAGUUUGCACUUCCUGUUGUCCAUGGAUUCAUCGUCAUGAAGCCGUGUCGAAUCAACGGGAAGAUCUUCGAGUGGAUCCUCAUCUCCAGGAGAAGCUGCUUCCGGGCCGGCGUCAGAUACUACGUCAGAGGCAUCGACUCUGAGGGCCACGCUGCUAACUUUGUGGAGACGGAGCAGAUCGUUUUGUAUGAGGGAGCAAAGGCUUCAUUUAUUCAGACUCGAGGCUCCAUGCCCUUCUACUGGAGUCAGAGGCCCAACCUGAAAUACAAACCUAAACCUAUAAUCAGCAAAACCACUAAUCACAUGGAUGGUUUCCAGAGGCAUUUCGACUCUCAGCUGCUUAUCUAUGGGAAGCAAACCCUUCUGAACCUGGUGAAUCAGAAAGGCUCCGAGAAGCCUCUAGAACAGGCCUUUGAUAAGAUGGUGUCUGGCAUGAACAACGGUAUGCUCAACUAUAUAGCCUUCGACUUCCACAAGGAGUGCAGCGCCAUGAGAUGGGAGCGUCUGCAGAUCUUAGUGGACCUUGUUGCUGAGACACAAGAUGAAUACAGUUACUUCAUGGUGACCUCGGAGGGGAAGACGGUGGCCCAGCAGAGAGGAGUGUUCCGCAGCAACUGUAUGGACUGCCUGGACCGCACCAACGUGAUCCAGAGCCUGCUGGCCCGUCGCUCCCUGCAGUCUCAGCUGCAGAGGAUGGGCGUCCUGAAUGUGGGUCAGCGGAUUGAGGAGCAGGCUGAGUUUGAGAAGAUCUACAAGAACGCAUGGGCUGACAAUGCCAAUGCAUGCGCUGUCCAGUACGCAGGGACCGGAGCUCUGAAAACAGACUUCACCAGGACGGGGAAGAGGACCAGGCUGGGGCUGCUGAUGGACGGCUGGAACUCCAUGAUCCGCUACUACAAGAACAACUUCUCCGAUGGAUUCAGACAGGACUCCAUUGACCUCUUUCUGGGUAACUUUGCUGUGGAUGAGUCUGAUGGACCCACUCCUCUCCGUGUGCAGAAGGACUGGAAGUUCCUCACGCUGCCCAUCGUCAUGCUGGUGGCCUUCUCCAUGUGCAUCGUCUGUCUGCUCAUGGCGGGCGACACAUGGACAGAGACCCUGGCCUACGUGAUGUUCUGGGGGGCUGCCAGCGCCAUCACAGCCACCAUCAUCCUGUUUAACGGCCAAGACUUUGUGGACUCCCCUAAACUGGUUCACAAGGAGAAGCUGGACUGACUGAGUGUGAGGAGUAUGAGGAGUAUCUGGGCUCAGCAGGUUCACAUAGCUCUCAAUGUCCACCGUCUCCUGAUCUCCUGCCUCCUUACUGCCCUCCAGACUUUCUCCUUCAGAACCUUUCUCUGCCAUUUGUCUACAACAUGUUUCCCUCCUGCAGUGGGACUGACACUCUCCUUCACUCAGCCCACAUCUCUUACAUUCCUCAUACUGGAUCGUUACGUUGGUUUUGUCUGCGCUAGGUUUACAGUUUUGUCUUUCGGUCCGCUCCAAAACUAAUUAUUUUAACACUACUCACAAUUUUCUUAUUUGUUUACGUUUCUUCGGUUUAAAUCUGUACAAAUGUCAUAAGCGUUUUCAAUUCUGCAUAAGGACACCCAUUUGAGGUUAAAGGUGUUUUCAGUGAUUCUAAAUUCAUGUACACUAAGGUGUUUGGAGCUUUGCUGGAACUACAUGACGUCCGCAAACUCUACAUACUAAUGAAUAUGAGGUUGUCAGAUGAUCCCGUUUUAAUAUUGAUUAGUGCAUCUUUAAAGAUACUAAAAAUAUCCCUCAAUAAUGAUUUAUGAAUGUCAAUGAACCCCAAUCAGUCCCUCUCUGAGCACUUAAACAUUAUUGAAAAGUAUAUGUUUGUAACUGAUGAGUCUAUACAGAAUGCCUGUUAGAGUUUUGAAUGUAACAAGCCUUACCAACUUGCAUAUGAAGUAUAAAUGUGCGAUUAAUACAUGUGUUACUGGGGUGAACCAAUGUCUUCCUGUCACGCUAACAUGGGACAGUAUUUAUUGUGAUGUUGCACUUUGACAUGUACUCCAUGUGUGUUGUUGUUCCAGACCCCUGCAUCUCAGCGCACAUUUUCUAUUUGUUCUGGGAUGGAAAUAGGUCUGGUUGGUCCUUGUUCAGGUUUUUUUGUUACUGUGGAAGAAACAUUUGUAUACCUCUCUCUGCAAGAUUAACAGAGAACACCAUGUGUUUAUGGAAGCUACGUCAAAAGAUUCACCAACCACCACCAGACAUUCAGAAACGUUUAAAUACAGUAGUUCUGCUGUCGAUACAGUGGUGCAGUGACGACCUAUUUUUGUAGACCGGACUGGAAGAUAGCAUCGCAAGAGCUACCUUGCAUUUGAUUUUGGAUAAUCUCCACAUAUUAACACCACUUUGGUUUUUAAGUGUUAAUGCAAUAACUGGCCAUAAGAAAACUAGAGCUAGGCAAUACACUAAAUGACAGUCACAUGACUGCACUACAUCACCUCUACGCUAAAGGUUGCUAAUGUCCACUGGGAUAGUGUUAAGUAGAGAAAUGUAGACAGGGGUAUUUACUGAUGUAUUUUAUGUCAUAGAACAAAACAUGAAAAUCUGUUCAGCUUGCGUUAACCACAGACCUUUUUUGAGAUAACAAUUUGAGGUAACCAAAAAAACGUACUUUGAGACAAUUGAAGUGGAAGUGCUAAAAAUAUUGACACAUUUCCGAGUUUUAGGAUUCAUCCUGUACCACACCAGACCUGUUUGAGUCUCGUAACAAAUGGCCGAUGCUAGCAGUCAGUCACAGUUCUGGAACCAGGUUCAGUUGUUUCUAGAAACAAAUGAGACUGCAGCAGUUUUUAGUGGAAUAUGUUUAGCUGUUUAUCUCCUUGGGUAUGGCUCCAUGCAUCGCUGUGUAACAUCACAUUCUUCACAUUGUGGCUUUAAUCUACUGUUAUCUCCAGAUAUCAGAUGUAGUGUUGUUAUCGAGACUUAAAUGUUUAAUUAUGUAGAGCUCAAAUAAAUUAAAUUGGUAUCUCAGACUUUAGGCAUAUACGCAUCAACAUGGCUCUCCAAUUGUUUGUUAAUGUUUACAUGAUUCAGUUUCCCAAAUCCAGCCUUACAUACCUGCCCAUCAGUGGAAAGACAUUUGAAUUGACAUUUAAAAUACAAUUUGGCUUCUGGUGUUACUAUAAAUCCCUUUACCAACCAAAUGUUGGUCACAUAUGCAAGUGGCUAGCAGAUUAGCAUCACUCACCAGGCAAAAGACAAUUUGAAAAUAAAAAUGUCUCAAGGCAGUGGACAAAAAGUACAUUUUGCUUUUGGGUUGACUGUGUAGUUAGAGAAUUGAUCACCAUGCCUUUGUAGUCUCUGUAUGAUUUCACAUGGAAGCUGUGUGGUGUUAGUUUUUGAUGAUGUGUUUAGGGUCCCUCCAAACAUUAUGUAUCAGAUCAUACCAAUGCUUAGUACACGCCACACAGUGAUAUUCAGUCUAUAGUCAAAUGUUUAAUUUACUCGUCAUGCUAGCUUUUAGAGAGGUCAUCUAAUCUUGAUCAGAAAUCUGUGUAACGUGUGCAGUGUGGGUGAAACUGUCCUGGACAUAUCUUUGUAAUUCCUGUACAUUUAAAAUGUAUUUACAGAUGUGAUACGGCAUCAUUUGUGAGUGGUUUUAUCUGGACAUAUAAAGUGUGUUUGGACAUUGUAUCAUUAUAUUAAUUAAAAGAUGAAUUAGUGUCCAUCACAAUGUUCAAGGUUUGAAGGUUCAACACGUUAUUGAUUUGGUUUUUUGGCUGUGAGUUUUGUUUAUUUUGUAAACAAUAUAAUGGGGCCAAUGACAUAAAACCUGCUUCAUGCAGGUGUUUUAUGUGAUGACUGGCAAACAUUAACAACGCGUUGUAUUCAUUUGGAACCAGGGGACACUAAUGUCACUUUCAGUUGUUUUCUGGGAUUCUUUUUUUAGCAGCUAGUUCUUCAUGUAAGGAAAUAAUGAAAUAAAAUAUUCAGUCUAAACUGAGCAAUUUAAAUAUCUGUUGGGUUUAAGGUAUAUGUCACACAGAUAUAUUUGUACAGUUUGCAAACCGUGUUGCAGUACAGCUGGUGUUGGUGUUUAUGUCUGAAGGAUGCCCAUUGCUGUCAUAUAUUAGGAACAUUGGGAUGGUAUCAUUUUAAAGCCCUCAGUCACUGAUUGACUUUCUGUCAGAACAGGUCAAUGAUUUAGUGUUUGUGCUCUUCAGUGAUCUGCUUCCAAAGCACGCUUCAUCCCGUGGUUUCUGUCAAUAAACUCCAGUGAAAAGACAUUACCUUAAUGUCACCUUUA